CCUUCUGCUUAUUAGGAUAGUUUUAAGCAGUAGUCUUGCUUAUUUUAAUAGUUCUGGAGCUGCUUCGUAUCCUGAUCAUUCUUCCUGACAUCGUUACUGGCUUAAGAAAGGAACCCCAGGUUCACGUCUGCUGAAACCUGUCAGAUUGGAAGUAUUCUCGAGCUGUCCAUGCUGUUUAUAUUUUGAGCCAUGAGACUGGAUGAGGUAACUAAGGGAGUAAGUGCUGAUAGAGCAAAGAAGAUAUUCCAAGGACUGAACUGUGGAGAACUCCAUCAACAGAAACUAAGAGAAAAUGACCACUGAGAAGGAUCCCAGGGAUGUCCUCAAGGAGCGGCUGGCUUAGAAACUUCUUGGAAGGAGAAGGAGAGAUCUUUGUUACAAACUUCCGUCCCUCCUCCAGCUCCUGUUCCCUUACCCUCUGCCCCCUGCAGAGCUGUGUUUUCUGGGAAUCAGCAAGCUCUCCCCACCUGGCAAAACUGCUCCGAGCUGCUGUGGCAUUCACCAGUGUCCUUUCAGUCUGUGGAGGGUGGUCCAGGCCUUUGCUGAGCUCAUUGAGAGGAAUUGGCUGUCUUUGAUCUUCACCUCCAGAUCAGAGUCAAGAAACGUUUUCAUAAUGGACACUUCAUCCAAGGAAAAUAUCCAGUUAUUCUGCAAAGAUUCAAUACAACCUGUUGGGAGCACUUCCUUUAAAACAGAAUAUUCCUCCUCAGAGGAGAAGCAGCCAUGUUGUGGUGAGCUAAAGGUGUUCUUGGGUGCCUUGUCUUUCGUUUACUUUGCCAAAGCCUUGGCAGGAGGCUAUCUGAAGAGCACCAUCACUCAAAUAGAGAGAAGGUUCGAAAUCCCUUCUUCACUGGUGGGAGUUAUUGAUGGUAGUUUUGAAAUUGGGAAUCUCUUAGUUAUAACACUUGUUAGCUACUUUGGAGCCAGACUUCACAGGCCAAAAAUAAUUGGAGCAGGGUGCCUAAUCAUGGGAGUGGGAACACUGCUCAUUGCGAUGCCUCAGUUCUUCAUGGAACAGUACAAAUAUGAAAGGUAUUCUUUCUCCAAUUCGACUUUUGGCAUCUCUCCAUGUCUCCUAGAGUCAAAUAGUCAAUUACCAAUCUCAGUUAUGGAAAACUCACAAUCCAAAAUAAAUAAUGAAUGUGAAAUUGAUGCCAGCUCCUCCAUGUGGGUUUAUGUUUUCCUGGGGAACCUUCUUCGUGGAAUUGGAGAAACUCCCAUUCAGCCCCUAGGCAUCACUUACCUUGAUGAUUUUGCCAGUGAAGACAAUGCGGCCUUCUAUAUUGGGUGUGUGCAGACGGUUGCAAUUAUAGGACCAAUCUUUGGCUUCCUGUUAGGUUCAUUAUGUGCCAAACUGUAUGUUGACAUUGGCUUUGUAAACGUAGAUCACAUAACCAUUACCCCAAAGGAUCCUCAGUGGGUAGGUGCCUGGUGGCUUGGCUAUCUGAUAGCGGGAAUCCUCAGUGUCCUUGCAGCUGUACCUUUCUGGUGUUUACCAAAGAGUCUUCCGAGACCCCGAAGUAGAGAGGAUUCCAAUUCCUCCUCUGAGAAAUCCAAGUUUAUUAUGGAUGAUCACACAGAUUACCAAACACCCCUUGGAGAAAAAGCAAAAAUAACAGAAAUGGCAAGAGAUUUUCUUCCAUCACUGAAGAAUCUUUUUGGAAAUCCAGUGUACGUCUUAUAUUUGUGUGCAAGUACUGUUCAGUUCAAUUCUUUAUUUGGCAUGGUGACGUAUAAACCGAAGUACAUUGAACAACAGUAUGGGCAGUCAACCUCUAAGGCCAACUUUGUUAUCGGGCUCAUCAACAUACCUGCAGUAGCCCUUGGAAUAUUCUCUGGGGGGAUAAUGAUGAAAAAGUUCAGAAUCAGUGUAUGUGGAGCUGCAAAAAUCUACUUGGGAUCAUCUGUCCUUGGGUACCUACUAUUCCUUUCCUUGUUCGCAUUGGGCUGUGAAAAUUCUGAUGUGGCAGGACUAACGGUCUCCUACCAAGGAACCAAACCUGUCUCUUAUCAUGAACGAGCUCUCUUUUCAGAUUGCAACUCAAGAUGCAAAUGUUCAGAGACAGCAUGGGAACCCAUGUGUGGUGAAAAUGGAAUUACAUAUGCAUCGGCUUGCCUUGCUGGUUGUCAAAGCUCCACCAGGAGUGGAAAAACUAUUAUGUUUUAUAACUGCACCUGUGUGGGAACAGCAGCCUCGAAAUUAGGAAAUUCCUCAGGCAUGGUGGGCAGAUGUCAAAAAGAUAAUGGAUGUCCUAAAAUGUUCCUGUAUUUCCUUGUAAUAUCAGUCAUCACGUCCUAUACUUUAUCCCUAGGCGGCAUACCUGGAUACAUAUUGCUUCUGAGGUGCAUUAAGCCACAACUUAAGUCUUUUGCCCUGGGUAUCUACACCUUAGCAAUAAGAGUUCUUGCAGGCAUCCCAGCUCCUGUGUAUUUUGGAGUUUUGAUUGACACUUCAUGCCUCAAGUGGGGAUUUAAAAGAUGUGGAAAUAGAGGAUCCUGCAGAUUAUAUGAUUCAAAUGCUUUCAGACACAUCUAUCUGGGACUAACUCUGAUGCUGGGCGUAAUGUCCAUUUUCCUAAGUAUUGCAGUACUUUUCACUUUAAAGAAAAAUUAUGUUUCAAAACAUAGAAGCUUCAGAACCAAGAGAGAAAGAACAAUGGUGUCUACAAGAAUCAGGAAGGAAAAUUGUACUACAAGUGAUCGUUUGCUACAACCCAACUGCUGGCCAGGCAAGGAAACACAGCUUUAGAAAAAUGAGAACUUGAAGCCAUCUUUUCUAAUUUCUGGAAAUUCUGCAAACAGAUUUCAAUCAAAAGGGUUUUACAUGUGUAAAUAUUUUACCCUUUCAGAAAAAUUCUACUUUGUUUUUCAUCCUUGAUAGUAGAUAAUGCACAAGAUAAAUAUAAUCAUAUUAUAGAAGAUAUAGAUGAUAAAGUUAAACUUUUUAAUUUUUAGACAAAUCCCUUAUUUACUCAUUCUGCUUAAUUUUGCCUUGUGUCCAUUUGUGUCCAUUGAUAUUUUAGCUGUAUUCCUAGUAGAACAAUUGUCUCCAUAGUCUAAUGGCUAUGUGUAAAGUAAUUUUUAAACUGAGUACUUGUCUAGGAUAAGAGAACCCUUUCAAAAAGAUUAAACCACACCUUGAACUUCUUCAAAUAUCACCUUGAUGACGUUAGGAGUCAGGUCAUGUAGAGGAAGGUGUCAUUUUAAGCUCCUCCUUUCUUUUGAAAUGCAAUAAUUGGUAUAGAAAUGUGUAGUGGCAAUUGAUGUUGGGGGAUUUGAAGUUUGAAUUAUUAGCUCUUAUACUAUUCACUACAUGUGCUUUAUGUGUGACAUUUUUAAGUGAUCGUAGUUACAAAGUAAUAAAAUUAGUAUUAACAUG